CCCUCGUCUCUGUUUUGACGUCGCUUCCGUUUCCUUCCCGCUGAGACAGAAAACAUGGCGGCCUCCAUCGCGAGUUUAAGGACCGUUCGCGUCCUGUCAAAGAUCAUUCCCGGACGCUUCCUACCGGCUGCUGCAGUCCGGCAUCAAACGGUCCGUUCACGGUUUGUCCACUCCGCUCCAGUGUCCUCAUCGCUGUGUCCUGCUGUGUCGGUGUCAGAGGAGCCGGAUGUGCUCUAUCAGAAGCUGUCGGUGCGGGUCAAAGGUCACGACAGGGCCGUGCUGGACAGCUAUGAGUUUUUCGCGACUCUGGCGGCUCGAGAGCUCGGCCUCAACCUGAAGACAGUAUUUGAGGCACCAAAACACAUCGAUAAACUGACGCUGCUCAAGUCCGUUCACAUCUUCAAGAAGCACCGAGUGCAGUACGAGAUGAGGACGCAUUACAGGUGUAUUGAGAUCUCCGGAGUAACGGGGUCGAGCGCGCGGGUUUAUCUGGAGUAUAUUCAGCGUAACCUGCCGGAGGGUGUUGCUAUGGAGGUCACCAAGACCGCGAUUGAAAAGAUCCCAGAGCACAUUCAGAAGCCGCUGUGGGACGACAGCAAUCUGGAGCCGUCCGGCCAGCGAUGAACACGCCGUCAACCCGAUUCUGAAAUACAGCAGAAGCUGUGCAGCAUGUGUUUGUGUUUCUGUCACUGAAACAAGAUUCAAGUAGAAAUUCUGACGGUCAGUGUGUGUACAUGCAAACCAGGAACCAGAUACAUUUUAUAUACAUUUCUUUUACGUUAUAAAAGAAAUUGACACCAGCCCACCUUCUCUUCCAACUAGUCUUUUGUUUUUUGUAAUAUUUUCCUAUUUAUUUUGUCGGUUAAUAUUGACUAUUUUGUUUGAAAAUGUCACAUCUACAUUAAAAAGAGAUCUUCAGCAUCA